ACUGAUGAAACACGCAUGAGAAUCGCAGACGAUUAUUUUGCACAGCCCUACUCUCCUACGCACUCACACACACACUCACUCACUCUCCCCCUCUCUCUGUUUGUCCCUCUUUCAAUUUGCUUUGCCUAUUUCUCUUUGCAUUCUUUCUUUUCUUUAAUAUGGCAUCUUCAGGUUUUGACCAGUUAUGCCAGGAAGCUGCAACUAUUUCAAAGCAUCUUGACAUGAAAGCUGACAAUGCUGAACUUGAAGCAGCUACCAGGGAGGCUAAAGAAAUUCUACAAAUGUUCAAUCCUCCACCGCGGAAAAAGAAUACCAAACGAGCGAUUUCCUGGACUCAAAAGACACAGUGAACUUUGCACUGCAUUUCAAAGCCAGCUUCUCAGCCGCAACACCGAGAACCAGAGUUGAGGUCAAUGUACUGCUGAGAAACGUGCAAGAUCUGUUUAACCAAAAAUAUAAGGAUGCCGGAGGUACUGGAAGGCUCCCCUACCAGUCCCUGGUAAAUCAAGGCAGUUAAAGUUGCAGGACAGCCUCAAAAAGCCAUCCUAUUAUGGAAGGAAGCAGUUGGAGGGGAUUUUGCAAGCUGCUGAGGAGAUUUCAUUUGAAAUCAAUGCAGCACAAUGCAACUCCACUGACAAAGCAGAAGGAAUGUCAGAGGCGAUGGACGCAGAAGAGCUGGAAGAACAGUCCUCAGAAACAGCCACUACUGUAGCUAUCGUGAUGACUGCAGAUUAAGAUGGAGGCCAUUUGUGCUGUGUCUGCCGCGUCCUUUUCGAUGACAGGAAGAAAAUUCUUCAAAGAAGUGGCGUUCAUGGUCACAGUGCACAGUCAGUGUGCCAAUCAUGGUCACACACUGCAUGUGGUUUAAAAAAAACAUGUGCCUUAAAUGCCAGUGUAAAGACACCAUGCAAACAGCCUGUAGCGCUGCAUCAGUGAUAGGAAACAUGCUAGUUACACAAGAUGUUUUAUGUUUUAACUUUGAGUUGUUUUUACUUUGUUCAUGACCCCAUCCCUACAAACACACACACACACACACACAUUUUUUUUAUUUUUAUGUAUUAGGUGCCAUUUAAUGUUUUUCAUGCAAAUGUAUUGUAAUGAUUACACUUAUAAUAAAACAUAUUUUUCAUUCAAUCUUUAUUGUUGUCAUUUGUUGGCACCAUAAGUGUGGUCCCUUUACCUGGGACAUGUGGGGACCAAUUAAUAUCUAUUGUACUGAAUUUAGUCCACAGGUUGUAAAUGAUAAGUAGCCUAUUGUUUCAUAUUUUAUCAAUGGUUCGGUAGGUUGGGUGUUGGCAAGGACCUCGCCAUACUUUUCAAUACAGUGAGUCAAAGUUCGAUUUCAUGUUAUGAUUAAAUAGUUUACAUAACUUUCACUUCUUUUUGCAGUCUUGCUGUCACUGAGAGGUAUUUGGCAAAUUGGAUAUUGAAAAGUUGGUUUAUGUCAGAGCAGUAGUGAUACUUGUGGAUACUUUGAUAUACAACUGAACAGUACAAUUUAAAUAUAAUGGUUGCUAUGAACGAUGAUGAGGAUGAUGAUGUUAUGUGUAUCUGCUUUAUCAAAGUGAUUUUCCUCCAUCAUACAGAUGAAGUUGAAGCAAAUCUCUAUUACCACAUUUAAUGUUAUGAAAAGAACCAUCAUGACAGAAAUAUAUAUUUAUAUAUGAAUUGAAAGUAAUACAAAAAAAUUGAGACCAGAAACCCAUCAUGAGUUAAAAAACUGGCUAUGCUCAGUUGUAAGGAAUUUUUUGGAAUGAUUAAGUAAUUUCACAUUUUGUGUUAAAAUUAAAGUGACAACACAAGUAACAAAAUUUGGUGUUCCAAUAAUAAAACUGAUUGUGUUGUUUUAACACAUCUGUUUUUAAAGUGUAUUUAUUACUCUACAGUAUGCUGUAACAUUCAUUAACAAAGUUUUAAAUAAUAUAUACUGUAUACUACACUUUACUAUAGUAUGGGUAUUUACUAUAAAUUACUUUAGUACUUUUUAUGUGUGCAGAAUUUUUAUAACUGGACCAACCUGAUCUCACAGAAUUCCGUGUAAUGUGCACGGACCCUUAACUCAGAAUCUGUGGUGGCAUCACGGAAUCGACGAAAAUUCCGUGAUGGGUUCACGGAAGUGAUACCAAUGUAAGUAAAUGACAGGCAUCACCCGUGAUCCACCCACGGAUAACCGGAUUCAAUUAUAACUGCACCGCAGUCGCUCUUUUUACGUGAUCCCCACACGGAUCGACUGAUUCACCCGCUGCCUCACGUCGGUUUCUGAUUUGGAAACGUAAGCCUAUCACUUUAAAUAUUCUUAGACCUACUUAAAAAUACUUCAGGUGAAAUACUUUUUCACCAUGCCUGAAGCAUUUUUCUGUGGUCGUUUGAGCGCUGAUCCGUGAUGGUGUCACGAAAUCUCCCGUGAUGGUGUCACGUAUGUAUCUUUCAUGAUCACCACAGCACAGUUUCACCCGUUAGGCUAUAUUGGCUACAGUAGUUUGUUCGUGUUGACACUAGACGUCUUCACGACUGUGUAUACAACCUGUCAACCUCUCAUUUACCAAUGCUUUCAUAUAAUUAAAUUAGUUGCUUUUUGCUUAUUGUGAAUUUCUGUGGUGGCACCACGGAUUAUUCCGUGGAGGACACACGGAUAAACUCGAGUCUCACGCAAUGGCUUGUAUACUGUUUCAUUUAAAAUAAUUUGGUUGAGUCAAUACACACAGAUUGACUCUAAAAUGUAUCAGAGUAGAAAGUCUAUAGUAACUUGACUAAUUAAAAGUUAUUAUUAUUGUUUAUUGGAAAUCGAGAUAUAUAAACAAAAAAACGUUUUUUGUAACAUUAUAAAUUAACUUAAAUUAAUUAAAAAUAUAUUUAUAAUAUAAAUAUAAAUUAAUAUGCAUUUAAUAUAAAUUAAUUAAAUAAAUAUUUAAUCAGACGAGUAUGUUGCCAUGACGGCGACACGUCACACGUUCAGGCGCGCGUACCAGAACUUCGCGGUUUUUCCAGUCAGUGCGAGGAGGAUCACCAUCCACAGAUCGAAACUGUAGGUAUCUCAAGCCUCUGUUAUUGAUUUAUUUACAACACGUUGUUUUUUCCACGGAUAACAGCACUAAACGACGUUGCGUCACAAUAUUUCAACCUGGGGAUUAAAGUUACUUUGAGUCUGUAGCAAUAAUGCAAACUUUGUCUCCGAAAUUCAUGUAAGGUUAUGUUUGGGUUAUCAAAACAGCAGCCUACUUUUGGACAGUUAGGAUUAAUUUUGAAAUGUCUGUAGGUAUCGAGACGCAUGCUCUGUGUUUGUUCAAUCUGUGUAAUGUUAGGCUAAAUAUAUGUACAUAAUUGUUAAUGAGCGCAUUGAAUUGUCAAUAAUUCAUUAAAGAACGUGCAAAGAAUAGCUUUUGUUGUACCUGAACUAUAAUAAAUUAAUGUUUUUGAAACUGGGGUACCAGAGAAUGUGGUAAAUAAAAGUACAAAACUUAAAAACAGGUUAAACCAAAGCAAAAUAAAGAGCAAUCCAGAAGCAUAUUGAAGUUGCCCUAACACUAAAGAACUGGCUUGUUGGUUUGGCAACGCAAGCUCAUGCGAUUUUGGCUCAGCUGUAAUUGUUGUUUCACCAUCAUAAUUUAGUGAACUAAUUUUAAUGAACUAAUGUUUUGUAUCAUAUGUAAUUCUAUUUAUGUACAUUUUUGUCUGCCCUGCAGAUUAAUUGUGAAUUACCCAACAUUUUCUUUAUCCCAACAUUUCAGUAAGUAUCCAAGGAUAAAUGUUAUUAUUUUUCACUGUACAAACCGAAUCCCAAUCUUCAAAAGGUUCUUUAAAGGCACCAUAGUGUUAUAUGCUGUGCCAGCACAUUUCUGCACAUAUCUGUUGCUAAACUCAUGUAGAUGUACAAUUAGCAUUAGGGGAGUAACUACUAACCAAUUCAAGCUUGAUGUAGGCACAGCGAGUCACAAAACAAUUAUGCCAGAUUCUGGGGAUAGUCACAUAUGUGCAGUUAUCGUAUUACUGUAUAUUACAACACAAUUAAAAGAUUGCCACCAUUGUUAUGUAGGUGAUAUGUCUUAGCAAUUAAUUAAAAAAUGACAAUAUUAACAGAAUACCUUCUUUCUGGUUUACAGUUUCACCAUACCAUGUCGAAGAGGGGAGGAGGACUGAAGAAAACUUGCCCUGCUUGUCAGGAAAAGAUUUUUAAUGGUUUUAAAAUGUGCCCCAACUGCAAGGCCCCACAGCCUAAGAAUCUUCGAUUAAAAAAAAAAAUAGAAAAUUUUGAACAAAACAAGAACUCAUGGCUAGAGAAGAGCAAAAGAAACCAGGUGAUCUCUCACUUACUGGAUGAUGCCGUCAUUCUGAUAGAGAAGCUACACGCAGUUGGCUGGAGGCCUUUGCUUCUUCUUGAAUACCCCCACAAGAAGCCAAGACUGAUUUUGCCUAAAGAUCUGGCGUUGGGCACAAAUGCACAAACGUGCGUUAAAAACAUCUACGAAAUUUUUAAAAUUAUGGUUGAAGGAAAUACAAACCAAGCAACAGAAAGUAGCCAGGAACCAGAGGAAGCUACUUUAAUUUUACAUUUAGAGACUUUGGUCAACCCUUCAGCAGAACAAGAUUUCACUGCCGCAGUGUCUCUGGACCAGGGGGCUGAAACUAUUGACAAUACAGAAUCUGAUCUCAGCCAUCCUACAGGACAAGAUUUCACAGCCGCAGCGUCUCUGGACCAGGGGGCUGGAACUAUGAACGGUACAGAAUCUGAUCUCAGCUCUCCUACAGGACAAGAUUUCACAGCCGUGACAUCUCUGGAACAGGAGACUGGGACUAUUAUAGACCGUACAGCAUGUGAUCUAAGCCUUCUUCCUACAGGACAAGAUUUGAACGCCAUGAUGUGUCUGGACCAGGAGGCUGGGACUACAGAUGAUCCAGAAUCAAGUCUUAACCCUCUUCCUACAGGACAAGAUUUCACAACAGUUAUGGACCAGGAGCCUGGAACUAUGGUCGAUCCAGAACCAUAUUUAAACCUUCCUCCUACAGGACGAAGGACAAGACAAAUUCGGAGAAAGAAAGUUGGAACAAAACAGAAAGAAUGCCCCCACAACAAUUGGGAGGUGCACCCAUACAAGGACAUAAUCCAGACAAGGCAGAGAAAGGGAAAGACAGAACACCUUUAUGAUUGGAUGCCCUGCAAACUAUGUGGAAAAACGUGGCCUCCAACCUGGGAGGCUGCUUGAGACUUUCACACACACAUUUUCUCACUCAAGCUCAAUCAAAUUCUAACAUGAUCCUCAUGUUCAAAGAGGGCCUUGUCUCUAUCCCACCUGUUCACUCUUGCUCUCAGAAAGCUUUCAGACACACACACACUUACACUUACACUUACACUGACACAAAUACAAUAUUGAAUUUUAAUGUUUAUUUUAAUUUGUUGAAUAUGUCUUAUUUUAAUAAAGAUUUAUGAAGCUUU